AUGCAUCAAGAAACUAUAAAAACUUCUCAUGAAAAUAUAUCAAUGUCAACUAAUAGUUUAAAUCAAAAUACAAAAUUUGAUAAUCAAUCAUUUAUUUCAAGCAGAAAAAUUGAAAAUAUUACUAAAGAACAACAACAACAUAGAAGAACAACUAUAUAUCUUAGUAAUGUUCAUGCAAAAAGUGCUGAUUAUUUUCAACCAACAUCAACAAUUAUAUCAUCUUCGAGUACUCGCGCAAGUACAAUACAUGUAAAUGAAUUGCAUAAAACAGAAGAUGAUAAUGGAAAAAUUGAAUUAACUACACUUAAUAAUCAUUUUGAAAAUUAUCUUAAUCAAAUCAAAAUUUUAGCUAAUAGAAAUAUUAAUCUUCGUCAUGAAAUUGCUAAUAUUUUACAAACAUAUAUGAGCCCAAUGGAAGAAGAAAAACAAAAUGAUAAUAAAAAUUCUUGUUCAUUAGAAAUUGAAUUUAAUAAUUUACGUCAACAAUUAAAUCAUGAAUUACGAAAAUUGAUAAAAAUACAAACACGUUUACAACGUGCUGAUUAUGAUAAAAAAUACUAUAAAAAUAAAGUAAGAUUAUUUUCAAAAUCGGAUCAAUAUCAAAUAAUUCAACAACAACUUGAUGCAUAUGUAUAUGAAUUAAAUCUAUUAAAAGAACAAUAUGAAAAACAAGAACAAAAUUUAAUAUCAUACAAAAGACAAUACAACGAAUAUAUUAUGAAAUUAAUUGAAUAUACAAAUGAAUAUAAUAAAAUAAUUUAUGAACGUAUACAAAGUGAAAAUUCAUUACAUACUCUUAAUGAACAAUUAUUAUUUGAACGUGAAUAUAAUAAAAAAUGUCAACAAGAAUUUGAACAAUUUGAAAAAAUUCAAUAUGAUAUAAAUAAUGAAUUUAAUAAAACAGAAUUUAAAAAAAUACUUGAAAAAAUUCGUCAAGAUUUCCAAAAUUAUAAUGAAAUUCAAUUAUCAGAAUUAGAAUUAUAUUAUAAAACAAAACUUGAUUUAAUACAAAUUAAUUUUCGAGAAAAUGAAAAUGAAUAUGAAAAUGAAAAUGAAAAUCAUUCCGAAGAAAUAAAACAAUUAAAAGAACAAAAUCAAUCACUUCAAAAUAAAUUAAAACAACUUGAAAAUGAAUUUCAUCAUAUAGACGAACAAUAUCAACAGCAAUACGAUUUGUCAUAUGAUGAAUAUUAUCACUUAGAUAUUCAAAUAUCUGAAUUAGAAUCUCUAAUUUUAUAUUCACGUACAAAUACAAUUCAAUUAUCAUCAGAAAUAAAUACAUAUCGAUGUUUACUAAUGAAUCUUGCUUCAUCAUUUCAACAGAAACAUAAAUCUUCUUCUCAAAAACAACAAACUAAUAAUUUUACUUUUCAUUUUCGAAAUGGAUUACUCUAUGUUAGAAUUUAG